ACUCGUUCCAAAGCCUUGGUCGCGCGGCGCUGGUGUUUUUGCUGUGCGCGAUCCCGUCCUGUCAUUAGCGUCACCGUAUCGAACCGCAGCUAACUUCGUUAUUGUCAUAGGUGCGCUUGUUGACGCAAGUAGAUGGUGCCCGCUGGUGCAGUCGGUGCGAAAUCCUGUCGUAAAAAACCGUAAGAAUGGAAAAUCCCGAGGAGAUUCUCCACAGUUUGGAAGAGUUCAGCAAGAGCCGGCCCAAGGACAUCCCCCGCGAGCUCGAGGAGUACCUUUGUUUCGUGGCGAAAACGGGGGACCCCGUGUACCAGUGGUCGGCCGUGAAGAGCCUCUUCCGCGAGAAGAUGAUCAGCGUGAUCACCGACUUCUACGAGACCUGCCCCUCCGUCGAGAUCCCGCCGUGCCCCAACGUCGACAUCUUCAACUACGACAACAUGAAGAACUUCAUCCUGGAGAAGCUCGACACGUUCGCGGCGGCCCCCUUCACGUUGCAGCGCAUCUGCGAGCUGCUGACGACGCCCCGCAAGGAGUACAACCGGAUAGACAAGUACAUGCGGGCGCUGGAGAAGAACAUCCUGGUGGUGAGCACGGUGGAGCCCGGGGGGCGGCGCACCACCGAGAACGGCGAGGGGAUCAUGAACGGGCUGGAGUCGGAGCACCUGCCGGAGACGAGCAACAGCAGCAACGACAUCAACGUGGAGGAGAUGGACGACAGCCCGGCGUGGCCUAGAUUGCUGCAGAACGACACCGCGUACCAGAACGACAGCGCCGAGGGGCAGAACCAGGUCCAGGAGACGGUGGUGACGGCGUCCAAGCCGCCGGACGCGGCUUGCACGUCCUCGCAGGACACGGUCAUCACGUGCCGCAGCUCGGAGGAGCCCUACGUCUCCAUCGAACCAGUGCCAUCGAACACGUGCGCACGACAAGAUAAUCCCGACGAGGCCGACGUCUCGGUUACUAUCACUGCCAUUCCGGCCGGGGUGCAGAAGAGGCGGAGCAGCGUGGAGCCGGUGGUGUCCUCCGACUCAAACGAGGAGAUCACCGAGUCCUGCAACAAUUCCGACAAAUCCAGCGAAGCUUCCAAAGACCCCGAGCCGAAACCCGAGGAAGAGACCUCCUCGUCGUCGUCUUCGUCGCAGCAGAUCGAAGAUGCCGACUCCUCGUCGAGCACCGAGGACGAGAAAGAGAACACCGACAUAAAAGAGGACAAGACGUCGGAGGCCCUCCCCGACGAGGCGUCGUCCCAGAGCGAGCUCUCGUCCACCGAAAGCGAAGCCACCUCGAAGGUGGACGAGGCCGACACGUCCCAGAGCACGCCCGAAGACGCCGACGACGAAGAAGAGAAAGACGAGCCCAAGGACGAGAUCGAGAGUAGUGAACAAAUAACUGUCGAUACCACAAAGUGUUCAUCCGUACAACCGCAGGAACCUAAACAAGACGUCGAAAUCACGUCAUCGGAUAAAGACGAGGAGGUGCACUCCUCGCAGGAGGGGGAGGAGCCGCAGGUGGACACGCAGAACGAGGCGAACGCGACGCAGAGCAGCGACGAGGCGGAAUCUCAGAACGCGGAGAAGGCGGACAAGAAGGAGGCGGCGACGCCGAUGGAGGUGGACGAGGAGUACAGCAGUAGUGAGAAGGUCGAGGAGGUUGUGAGAGCCGAGGCCACCUCUGAUUCACCGUUAUAACUAAUUUAGGCUUUAUUUUAUGGUCACCGAGGCUAACUGAACGAGGCGCCUUAUUGUGUUAAGUAUUUAUAAUUUAUGGAUAGAGGUUCAAGAACGAUGGUUUGACUUGUCAGCUGAUUUUUUUUUAAAUUUAUAUGUAGAGUAGGUAAAUAAAUUUGUACGUAACGAAGAACUGAUUAAAUGUUUUAUCUACAGAUGAGAA